UUCUUCCUCACACAUCACUCUUGUUUCCUGGUCGUUGCUAACAACCUGCUGCCUGUAACUUCAUCUGCCCGCCGUCCCCUCAUGCAUUGACGGCUUCCAGCGGCGGUGUUUCGGGGGAUGUGUGCGGAGAUGAUGUGGCCGUGUCGACGCUGCUGAGGGCGGCCGGACUGGCUGCAUGCUGCUCCGGUUCUCUCUGCCUGCUGUCUGACGCUGGGGGGGUUGCAGUGUGGCCUCCAGCCGCGGCUGCGAUUUAACUUCAUUUCUCAGCGUCGCUCUCCUCUGAAAUCAUGUUUAUUUAUUAAAGAUGGCGGCGAGAGGGACACUGUAAACUAAAUGACUGUCAGAAACAUCGCCUCCAUUUGUAAUAUGGGCACCAAUGCCUCUGCUCUGGAGAAAGACAUCGGCCCGGAGCAAUUCCCAAUCAAUGAACACUACUUUGGAUUGGUCAAUUUUGGAAACACAUGUUACUGUAACUCGGUGCUCCAGGCGCUGUACUUCUGCCGGCCAUUCCGGGAGAAUGUUCUGGCGUAUAAAGCCCAGCAGAAGAAGAAAGAGAACCUGCUCACAUGCCUGGCUGACCUCUUCCACUCCAUCGCCACGCAGAAGAAGAAAGUGGGCGUCAUCCCACCCAAGAAGUUCAUCUCACGACUACGGAAAGAGAACGAUCUGUUUGAUAACUACAUGCAGCAGGACGCCCACGAGUUCCUCAACUACCUGCUGAACACGGUGGCCGACAUCCUGCAGGAGGAGAAGAAGCAAGAGAAGCAGAACGGACGCUUGAAGAACAACGGCACCGCCAUCGCCGCGGAGACCGAGACGGAGAACAAGACCACCGAGCCCACAUGGGUCCACGACAUCUUCCAGGGGACGCUGACCAAUGAGACGCGCUGCCUCAACUGUGAAACAGUGAGCAGCAAAGAUGAGGAUUUUCUGGAUCUUUCUGUGGAUGUGGAGCAGAACACAUCGAUCACACACUGUCUCAGGGACUUCAGCAACACAGAGACUUUGUGCAGUGAAUACAAAUACUACUGUGAGACAUGCUGCAGCAAGCAGGAGGCACAGAAACGGAUGCGUGUGAAGAAGCUCCCCAUGAUCCUGGCUCUCCACCUGAAGAGGUUUAAGUACAUGGAGCAGCUGCACCGCUACACCAAGCUCUCCUAUCGAGUGGUUUUCCCCCUCGAGCUCCGUCUGUUCAACACGUCGGGAGAUGCAGUAAACCUGGAUCGCAUGUACGAUCUCGUGGCUGUGGUGGUGCACUGUGGCAGCGGCCCGAACCGAGGUCAUUACAUCACCAUCGUGAAGAGUCACGGCUUCUGGCUGCUGUUUGAUGAUGACAUCGUGGAGAAAAUUGACGCCCAGGCCAUCGAGGAGUUUUACGGGCUUACCUCAGACAUCUCCAAGAACUCAGAGUCAGGAUACAUCCUCUUCUACCAGUCCAGGGAGUGAGCGAGUCGUACCAGAGACACACACAAGGAGACUGAAUAGGAUGAGACUUUUCUUCUUUUUUUUUUACCUUCAGCCUAACAGACUCCUGCCAUUUUUCAUCUCAUCCUGCUCCCAUUCCCAAAGCACCCCUCCCCCGAAGUAUGUGCCAAUCCUCUGCCUCUCGAUUCCUCUGGGUUUACCUGUCGUUAAUCUCUCUCUCUCUCUCUCUCUCUCUCUCUCUCUCUCUCUUCUGUAAUUUGCUUCUUGCCUUUUAGUCACCUGCAUCUGGACUGCACUUUAAAAACAAAAAGCAAAAAUGCUCAACAGCAUGACAGUAACAAAAAAGGAGUGUACACUGGCUUUGUGUAGACGUGUGUGUGAGAAUCCUGCAGACGAGUCUGGUGCACAUACAGACUUUUUGUACGAUAUCAUUUCUAUGUAUAUAAUGUCGACUUCCAUGCUGUGUCACCCCCCUUAUCCUUACAGUAGGGCUAUUUCCCCUGUCACUGUCCCUCUUGUUUGUUGUGCUCCUGUCUCUGAAGGAUGCAUGAGAGGUGAAUGAAGUUGGAGACAAACACUGUAUAAUACUCAGAGUUAGAUUUCAUGUAGUUUUGGAGCAAUAUCGAAGAGAAGCAACAAGCUGAACUACCUGAAGAGGUUCUUAUGUCCCUUUGUAAGCUGCUUGUCCAUCAGCUGUGAUAAGAAAUCCAACUCUGUCCAAUGCUCAAACACUACAGCUGAAAGGUAGUCUCCCUUUGAAUCAGCUUAAAUGUUUAUACUAAACCCUAUUUAUUAAACUGUAAGUAUUUAUUACUCUUAUUUCUCAUUCAGAUAAUGAAGUCUUGUGUGUAUUAUAUGGCUCUUUUGAGAGUGUUGUAUGUUCAAGGUAAGGUUGUCAACAUGUUCGAUACUCUUUUGAUACCACAAUCUCUGUUAUUUGACUGAUCGAUAGUUUCAGAAAAGUACUGAAAUGACGUCUUAAUCACAAGGUAUGUGCGUAGGAGAGGAUUGAAUCCACUGUUGAAAUUGAGACAGGGUUCAGGAGUUUGUCUUCCAUUUUUGGUCGUUUAAAAACAGGAAAUGAAUUGGGUGCCUAUGGACUUCUAGUUUUGUUGCAGUGGUAACUGAGCAGAUAGCCUUUGAUAUUUACUAGAAUCAAAUCCAAGUUCAAAACCCUAGCUUUUACUUUAAAUUUGAUCUUUUUUUAAAAGUAUUUUUGGGGUCAGGAUGAAGCCACAAGAAGAUUGGGGAUUUAUUCAGCCUGCAGUCAUAAAGCAGCUUCAUUGGCCAAAAAAGUAAUCCUUGUAGUAAAUCUGCCCAAUCAGCGGACAUCCACCUAAAGUCCUUUUAAGCACAGUCAGACUCGGUGUUAUUCUGCAAAAUAUUUUAGUUUGUUUGUGUAAUUGUGUAACUUUAGUAUAAUUAAAUUACCCUAUGAAUCUAAGGAUAUUUAUGUCAAAAAAUGAUGUUUUCUUUUUAAAGCUUUGGCAGUUUUUUUGAUGAUGAUCAUUAACAUAAAGGAGAUUGUGUUGUUUUAAAACAUGUGGUAUCAAAAGGUAUUGGAAACUUUUAACAACCUUACCAUGGAGGGCAUGGUGUAUGAAAUACACAAUCUGAUGAUACAGCUGAUAAAAUUAGUCUUUAAUUAUUUUUGAGUUUGCAUGUUUCAUAAAAAAAGGUGAGACAGGUUCAAUGAUAGAAGUGAGACACAGCUCAGACCUCCCUGAUCUUCUGAUCCACAUUUAAACUGUGCAAUAAGAGGGGAAGUGAUCUAACAUGGAUUUUCCAGUGAGACUAAUAUGAUGUAUUUCUAAAUGUUAGUAAUCAAUGUGUUUCUUUUCCCUGUGACGAUUGUUGUGAAUUGUAUUCUCCAGAUUUUAAACUCCUCCCCUUUACAACCAAAGGGGAUCUACAGAGACUUUAAACCACCUUUUUUUUGUAUCCUUCCCUUUUUUUUCCCAUUUCUAUGUUGAACUUUCUUUCAAUUUACUUUGUCCCUGACUUUGAUGAUGUAUACAUCGUGUCAUACAGUUUGUAGCCCACUGAAAUCUUCAAUGUUCAUUCAUACAGUAUCCCUCGUACUGUAGGUGUUUCAGUCUUUGGCUCAUGUCCUGUAGAAUAGUUCAACAUCGUGUUCUCAUGUGAAAGACAUUCCUGUUUUGCUGCACAUCGCAGGAGUUACCAUCUCAAACACAUCUCAUUAUUUACUGUGUGAGGUAGCGAUAGGAUGAAUCUGUUAACUCAGUGUGUGUGCGUGCGUGCGUGCGUGCGUGCGUGCGUGCGUGCGUGCGUGCGUGCGUGUGUGUGUGUCUGUUCAGGAGGGGCAGAAUUUAAAGUCAAACUCUGGGUGUCGGAUUGUUUCUGCUGUUUUUUUUUGUUUAAGUUUGUUACCGGGUGAAGCCACAAGGAAAAUGUGCCAAAACUGGAGUCGACACUGACCUUUGCAGCGGUCUUUAACAGAACAUUAUUUUCUUUGUAAAGAUACAACUGUACAUAUAUAUUAUGUAGAAAAAAAAAACACUUCUGGAAAUAGGAAAAUAUUUUUUUAAAGCGAAGAUCUUAAAAUGUAAAAAAAACACUCAAAGAUUUGAGCUGAUCAUUAAUGAACCCCUGUUCAGAAACACUCUUGUUAUUUUACAGUCACUUGAUUACAUAAUCACAUCUGUCAUUUUGUUUCAUUAACUGGCUUACACUGAGCUAGGUUAAAACAGUAGCAGGAUUAGUCAUUUUACACCUUUUGGGGGAAACAGGAAGGAGACUGACGCUGAUCUUCCAUUAACACUUAUGCACUCUCCCUCACUGACACGCUCAGUUGUUGCACUUUGUCUUAUUUAUGGAACUGUGAUGGAUUUCUACCUGAGAGCUUCAGGUGUAGAGUCCUGCAGGAGGCUGGGAUCUGAUCGAGCCUGUGGGAGGGAAAGAGGAGAUGAACUGAAAGUGCACUUUAUUAGUGAUGAGCUUCAAUGCUUUAACAUGAAGAACCACAUUUUAACACACUCAUUUUGAGUUUUUGUCUUCUGUUCAAUAAAAUGACUAUCAUCUACA